AUGGAUGUCAUCAACAGCCCUGAGAGCGCCUGGAGGAUCGGCAUGAUCCUGGUAGCCGCUACCGCCGUUUACUUGAUUCUAUAUCGGUCAUCCCCAAAGUCCUUUCUAAACAGAGUGUCCCUACGCGGUCGACGAGGUUCAACGGCCAAAACCCCACCGCGAUCAUUCUCCCCUGACAAGAACCAGCCCAGUAGCGCCACCUCCCCUGCGAGCUACAAUCAUGCCCUACCACCCCAGCGUAGGGAAGCACUCCUAAGUCUACAGGAGAAAGCUAUACGCCGGCGUGAAGUCGACGAGACCGAAAUGCGCCAAAAUAUUUUGCCCAUGACUGCCGACUAUAAGACUAGCCCAGGCAACUUGUACACCCCGACUGGGUUCUCGAUAGGCGACAUCAAAGCCCUGGGAGAUUUCCCCGACUAUGCAACACUCAGCGGUGUCCCAUUGCCCAGUCCUUAUGCGGAACACGAUAUUGAAAAAGCCAAGCCCAGGCCGUACAGGCCAUUUAGAUGGUCUUACCAUCAAACCAUGUCACUGACCAAACUGGAAACCGACUGGUGGAUCGAGCUCGAAAGCACCUACAAAUCUCGCAUCGCCCAGCGCAAAGAGCUGUUUGCCAAAAACGGCAAAGCGGUUCUAGAUGCACUUCCAGGCUCAGAAUUAGCCUGUAAGGAACUCAUGGAAAUGGUCCUACAGUUCAUCUGCGCAAGGUAUCCCCAGCACUUCAAGCUAGUCGACAACCGCAUCUUGCAUAACCAUAUUCUUGGCACUGAACAAGAUAUCCGGGCUAAACCUCCACUCGAAGUGCUUCUCGACAACGUGCCUGAAGACUUUGCACUCAUGCUGCGGGAUGAUCAGACUGGGUACUAUUUCCUUCGAGCCGCGGUGAUUUGUUCAGCGCUUGGGUGGAAUGUUGGUUCGAAGAUCGGGAAGCAGUUGCAUCAGAUCCAUGAGCCAAUUCCCGAUUACAAGGAGAAGAUGCAGUUUUCAAUGGAUCGCUUCUUUACGAAAAUGCCAACUGAAAAGCCCAUACAGCGUGGUUCGUGGGGUCUUGAAGUUGGCGAGCCUCUGUACAUGCCCCCAGGCGACCCCCAUGAGGCUCUUCGAAAACUGCAAGAUCCCGAUUUGCUUUUGAAAGACUGCAAUCUGAGGGUAGACUGGCAGACACUCCGGCGUCUCCCCCUGUCGGCUUCCAUUGUUUUCAACUUCAAGGCCGUGUUCACUCCCAUCACGGAGUUCCGUGAUGAACCUGGCGUGCCGGCACUGGUAUCCAAAGUCUUGAAGGAAGGAAAGAAGAAAUUGAUGGAUUAUAAAGGGGUAUUCCACGUUCAACAUGUUAUCUUGCCCAAGUUGGAAGAGUGGGCGAAGGAGCAAGAGGAGACGGGACUUAUUCCGAAGGGCUGGGAGGUUGCUACGCUGGAUGACAGUCCGUGGUUUAAAGGGUGGGAGGAUAAAUGGCAUCACCAGCAAGGGUUUUAG